CGGCCACGGGAGCGCGCGCGGCGGAGGAGGGCUCCGGGAGGCCGCGGAACAGCGACCGCCGCCAUAUUAAGGAGCGCGGAGCCCGGGGUCCCGACAGCGGCGGCCGCGGCGGGACCAGUGGAGCUGCGGGCGGCAGAGGCCGGCGCGGCGCUGCGCCGGGAGAGACGGGGUCGGCGGAGCCAACGGGGGACCGGAGCGAGCCAGGCUGCCCCGGGCCGGCUGACCUUGGCCGGCGGGCCGUGCCUGCCCUGCGUCGCCAUGGACCAGGACUAUGAGCGGCGCCUCCUCCGGCAGAUCGUCGUUCAGAACGAGAACACGAUGCCCUGCGUCGCAGAGAUGCGGCGAACCCUGACGCCCGCCAACUCUCCCGUGUCCUCCCCCAGCAAGCACGGAGACCGCUUCAUCCCCUCGAGAGCCGGUGCCAACUGGAGCGUCAAUUUCCACCGGAUCAAUGAGAAUGAGAAGUCUCCCAGCCAAAAUCGGAAAGCCAAGGACGCCACCUCAGACAACGGCAAAGAUGGCCUGGCCUACUCCGCCUUGCUGAAGAACGAACUGCUGGGAGCCGGCAUCGAGAAGGUGCAGGACCCGCAGACGGAGGACCGAAGGCUGCAGCCCUCCACGCCUGAGAAGAAGGGCCUGUUCACGUAUUCCCUCAGCACCAAGCGCUCCAGCCCCGACGAUGGCAACGAUGUGUCUCCCUACUCCUUGUCCCCUGUUAGCAACAAGAGUCAGAAACUACUGCGGUCGCCACGGAAACCCACCCGCAAGAUCUCCAAGAUCCCCUUCAAGGUCCUGGACGCGCCGGAGCUGCAGGACGACUUCUACCUGAACCUGGUGGACUGGUCGUCCCUCAACGUGCUCAGCGUGGGGCUGGGGACCUGCGUGUACCUGUGGAGCGCCUGCACCAGCCAGGUGACCCGGCUCUGUGACCUCUCGGUGGAAGGGGACUCGGUGACCUCCGUGGGCUGGUCUGAACGGGGGAACCUGGUGGCCGUUGGCACGCACAAGGGCUUUGUGCAGAUCUGGGACGCAGCUGCAGGAAAGAAGCUGUCCAUGCUGGAAGGCCACACGGCACGCGUUGGGGCGCUGGCCUGGAACGCUGACCAGCUCUCGUCCGGGAGCCGGGACCGCAUGAUCCUGCAGAGGGACAUCCGGACCCCGCCCCUGCAGUCAGAGCGGCGGCUGCAGGGCCACCGGCAGGAGGUGUGUGGGCUCAAGUGGUCCACGGACCACCAGCUCCUCGCCUCGGGGGGCAACGACAACAAGCUGCUGGUCUGGAACCACUCGAGCCUGAGCCCCGUGCAGCAGUACACGGAGCACCUGGCGGCCGUGAAGGCCAUCGCCUGGUCCCCGCACCAGCACGGGCUGCUGGCGUCUGGCGGUGGCACGGCUGAUCGCUGCAUCCGCUUCUGGAACACGCUCACGGGGCAGCCGCUGCAGUGCAUCGACACGGGCUCCCAGGUGUGCAACCUCGCCUGGUCCAAGCACGCCAACGAGCUGGUGAGCACGCACGGCUACUCACAGAACCAGAUUCUGGUGUGGAAGUACCCGUCCCUGACCCAGGUGGCAAAGCUGACCGGGCACUCGUACAGGGUCCUGUACCUGGCCAUGUCCCCUGAUGGAGAGGCCAUAGUCACUGGUGCUGGGGAUGAAACCCUGAGGUUCUGGAACGUCUUUAGCAAAACCCGUUCGACAAAGGUAAAGUGGGAGUCCGUGUCAGUGCUCAACCUCUUCACCAGGAUCCGGUAAACCCUCGGGCCUCUCUGUCCGGGUCGGAAGAGCACCGUCUCUCCUCGGCGUUCACGGACCCUCCCCUCUCCGGCACGUGGUCCCCGGAGGAAGCAGCCGGGGUGGGGCGGGGAGUCGGGCCUGGAGAGACCCCGAAGAUUCUCAUUAAAGCCUGAUUGCGAA